GCAUUUGCGUGACUUCAGUCGUGGGUGUCGAGAUGGGCCGGAGACCUGCUAGAUGUUAUCGAUAUUGCAAAAAUAAACCUUAUCCUAAGUCAAGAUUUUGUCGUGGUGUCCCAGACCCAAAGAUUCGAAUCUUUGAUCUGGGUAAGAAAAAAGCAGACGUUGAAGAAUUUCCUCUAUGUGUUCAUAUGAUAUCAGAUGAAUACGAACAGCUGUCCAGUGAAGCAUUAGAAGCUGCUCGUAUUUGUGCAAACAAGUAUCUGUUGAAGCAUUGUGGGAAAGAUUCAUUCCAUGGUCGGAUACGCGUUCAUCCAUUUCAUGUGAUCCGCAUCAAUAAAAUGCUUUCGUGUGCUGGGGCUGAUCGGUACUCACUCCUUCAUCCCUAACAUUUGUGCUUAGUUUGCAAACAGGUAUGAGAGGUGCAUUCGGAAAACCCCAGGGGACAGUUGCACGCGUUGAUAUUGGACAAGUUAUAAUGUCAGUUCGUGCUCGUGAUCAACAUCAAGCUCAAGUUGUUGAAGCUCUCAGACGUGCCAAAAUGAAAUUCCCAGGUCGGCAAAAAAUAGCCGUGUCACGUAACUGGGGAUUCACAAAAUGGCCUAGAACUAGUUUUAACGAAAUGCGUGCCAAAGGACAACUAGUUUCGGACGGUGUUGGUGUGAAGUACCUUCCUCCUCAUGGCCCCUUAGAACAAUGGAAACAAACACAGGCACGUCUAGCUGGAAUCACUGUAUAAAAAUAAGACUACAAUACAUAUUUGGUAAUAA